AUGGGCUGUGAUACUGACACCUGGCCCCUUUUGGUUUCGGGUUGUUCUUUCAUUACUUCGUUGUCAGCUUGGUAUUCCUCAUGUGCAUCAACCGAGUCCUCAUCCACCUGCUCGCUCCUCGUACUUCCAUUGUCAGAGAGCUCGUCUACAGCAUGCCCGGCUCUUUGCUGUUCGCCAUUCGCUCGUCCACGUUCAUCCUCCAUCAUCUCUCCUCCAGUCUCAUCUAACAGCUGCUCAUCUUCCGAGUUUUCAUCAGACCAAUUUUCGUCCUCUUCAUCCUCUGAGCUUUCUGAGUUAUCUGAACGUCUUGAUCUUAGGGAGCCCUCUUCGGAAGCAGAUGUUUCAGGUUCGGAUGACUCAAUCUCCUGUGUACUGGCUUCAUCUCUUGACGUGGUCAUGGGAACGAUGACUUCCGGGUGCACAUUCUUCAUGGCAGGUGGCUGGGUAGGCGUAUCAAUACUCAUUUGGUCCGAUACGAUCUCAGAUUCAGCACCAUCACCGUAUUCAUCUUCGUACAUAUCCUCGGCUUCUUCGCCUUCUUCCUGUUCUCCGUCUUCCUCUUCUUCUUUUUCUUCUUCUUCUUCUUCUUCUUCUUCCUCCUCCUCCUCCUCUUCUUCGUACCAUCCCUCUUCAUCAUCCCAUUCAGCUUCUAAGUCGUCCCUUUCCAUCUCCUCGUUGUCUGCAUCUCCUUCCCUCUCUUCUUUAGAUUCACCUUCACUUUCUUUCCUUUCCCAUUUAUUCUCUCCUUCAUGA